CCACACUGCUCCGGGGCCAGGGGCAACGUGUUCAGCGCUGCCAGAGGUGAGAUUAAUUGCUUGCAGUGUCAUCCAUCAGUGCCCAGCAGUGUCGCCUGUCAGUGCUGCCCAGCAGUGCCACCUGUCAGUGCUGCCCAGCAGUGCCGCCCGUCAGCGCCGCCCAGCAGUGCCGCCCGUCAGCGCCGCCCAGCAGUGCCGCCCGUCAGCAGCCGCCCCAGCAGUGCCCAGCCCGUCAGCGCCGCCCAGCAGUGCCGCCCGUCAGCGCCGCCCAGCAGUGCCGCCCGUCAGCGCCGCCCAGCAGUG